ACGUAAUUGGUUGGCUGCGUUUUAUUAAUAAAAAUUUUAUUUUUAUAAUAUUUAAAAACGGGAACGUUUCGGCAAAAUUAUUUUAAUAAAUACGGGUUAUAUGGAGUAAUUAAUUUCAUUUUACGAAGAAGUUUAAUUACCGCAAAAAUGAGUGACGACGAAGCGCCAUCAGGCUCGGAUAGAAAAAACAAACCAAAGAAGGAGGACAAAGCUGACAAAAUUAUGGACUCGAUGAGUAAAUUUUUUUCUGCGCUACAUUUGUUUUCCACUGGAGAUGAUUCCGUUGAUGAAAGCAGUGGAGUCAACAAGGUAAUUCAUGAAUUGUCUUUUGAUGGUUUAAUAAAACACUGGAAACAUAAAGGCUUCAAGAAUAUUGUGACAAUGGUAGGAGCUGGUAUCUCCACAUCUGCUGGCAUACCAGAUUUUCGUUCACCUGGAUCUGGUCUCUAUGAUAAUUUGAAAAAAUACAAUUUACCAUAUCCUACAGCUAUAUUUGAGUUAGAUUAUUUCAAUGAAAAUCCCCAACCAUUCUUUGCCUUAGCUAAAGAAUUAUAUCCGGGCACUUUCAAUCCAACACCAUCACAUUACUUUGUGCGUCUACUACAUGAGAAAGGCUUAUUGCUUAGACAUUACACACAAAAUAUUGACACUUUGGAACGCAUCGCAGGUAUACCUGGCGAGAAGUUGGUGGAGGCGCAUGGUACAUUUCACACAAAUCACUGUUUGGAAUGUAGUAAACUAUAUACUAUGGAAUGGAUGAAAGAUCAGAUAUUUGCUGAUAAUGUGCCAACAUGUAGCGUUUGCAAUGGCGUUGUGAAGCCUGACAUUGUGUUUUUUGGUGAAAAUUUACCAGCAGAUUUCUAUGCACUACCAGAGAAGGAUUUCAAAAAAUGUGACUUGCUGAUUAUAAUGGGUACAUCAUUAGAAGUGCAACCAUUUGCAAUGCUUGUUGAUCAUGCAAAAUCUGAUUGCGUGCGUUUGCUGAUUAAUCGCACUAAAGUGGGUCAGAAUAACGACAGGUUAAGUUGGUUUAGUGGUGGACCGAGUUUGAAUUUUGACAGCAAGAAGAAUACAAGGGAUAUAGCUUAUAUUGGUGACUGUGAUGAUGGUGCGUUUGCAUUAGCUGAUGGUUUGGGCUGGGGUAAAGAAUUGCGUAAACUAAUUCAAACUGAGCACCAACGUUUAAAGAAUGAAGCUAAAACUGAAAAAGAAAAUAUUGACAAAAUUAAAAAAAUUGAAGAUACUGACAUAAGUGCUGAAAGCACUGAAGAGCCUUGCACUAGCAAGCAGGCUAGCUCUAGAGUUAAGAAUAAAAAAAUAACUGUAACAGAAGACGUUGAUAAAAAUGAGGAAAGUGAAGAUAUUGAUAAAAUUUCUAAAAGCACUAAUGACUCCAGCCCUAGUCGCAAGCAGGUUAGCCCUAGUGUUAAGAAUAAAAAAAAAACUGUAGUUGAUGAGGCUAAAUUAUAAGUAAUUCGUGCAAUAUAUAUUAAAUAUAUA